AUUACAAACUGGUUAGCAGCCACUGCCGACCAACUGGAGAAGCCUCCGAUCCGUUGGGCUCAUAAAAUGGGUUGGCUCGAUGCUCAGAGCAGCAGUUUGGGUCCCAUUUCCAAGCGGUCAACAUGAAGUCGGUUAUUGUUUUCUUAGCCUUGGUGGCUCUUUGCCGGGCAGCACCUUUGGAUGUCAAGGAGUCCUCGUCCGAGGCGCUCUCCAGACCCAGUCCCAUCAGUCCCGAUGUGAUUGUGGAUCCCAAGCCCACCGAAAAGGUAGUCCUGCUGAAGGAUGCCACCGCUGUGAAUCGCCAGAAGCGCAAUGAGCCCAAGAAGCCCGACAGCGUGAAGGCCCAUGAGCAGCUGCAGCAUAAUCCCCAUAACCAAAAGCCCACCCCAGCUGCUCCCCAUGAUGAUGCCAAGCCCCAUGACCACAAGCACAAGAGGGAAGCUCACCACGAGGAGGGACACAAGGAGGAGGAGGUCAAGCCCCAGAGCGAAGAGGAGAAGGAUGCUCCCGUGGUUCCCGUAGCUCUGAUCGGUGUUGCUGAGAAGAAGAAGGAAAAGCGGGAGGCCCAUCAUGAGGAGGGUCACAAAGAGGAGGAGAAGCCCCAGGUGGAGGAUCUUUCACUGCCCCAUGCUCUUCCCACGCAGGCUCACACCGCGGAGUUGCCCAAAAAGCAGGAGAAGCGCGAGACUGUGGAGAAACCCGACAGCGUCAAGGCCCGUGAGUCCAUCCAGCAUAGUCCCCAGCAUUCCGAGGGGCUCCAAAAGGCUCUAGAAUCCCUGACCGGUGGAAAGGCCCCGGAGCAGCGUCAUCAGCGCGAUAUUCCCGUGCCCACUCAGACCAAGGCCACCGCCGCACCUGCAGCCACCACAAAGUCGGAUCUCGGAAGCACCACCCCAUCCGCCGCCCACCAUCCGAGUAUUCCCCAUCCCAUCCCCGUGGCCGAGCUCUUCGAGAAGAACAAGCAUGCCGACAAGUCCUCUUCCAGUUCCGAAGAAAGCAAGGAGAGCAAGGAGAAAGCCAAGGCCUAAGCUUCAAAGCCCAAAAGUCGCUAAUUGGACCGUCACGAGAUUUGUAGUCAAAGAAAACGAACUAAAAUAAACAAAAAUAUUUACAUGCUUAUAUAAAAAA